GCCGUGUCCCGCACCAUGCUGCUCGCCCGCUCCCUGCGCGCCGCCGCCGCCGCCGCGCUGCGCCCGCCGCUCCCCGCGCCGCGCCGCCCGCUCAGCUCGGCGGCCCGGCGCGCCCUGCUGCCGCCGCCCGCCGCCGCGCCGGCCCUGGCGCGCUCGCUGUGGCAGCUGGGCGGCGGCGCGGGGCGGACGGCGCUGCUGCGGCCGCGGCGGGGCUCGGCCGGCCGCGUGUCCUGCGGCUGCGGCGGUCUGCACACCGAGGGAGACAAAGCCUUUGCGCAGUUCCUGACAGACGAGAUCAAGGAGGAGAAGAAGAUCCAGAAGCACAAGUCCUUGCCCAAGGUCUCCGGGGGUUGGGAGCUGGAGGUGCACGGCACGGAGGCCAAGCUGGUGCGGAAGAUCGCGGGGGAAAAGAUAACGGUUACAUUCAACAUCAAUAACAGCAUCCCACCCUCGGCUGAAGAAGACACACAGGAGCAGCAGAAACCUGAUGAGCAGGAGCCUGAACUUACAUCAACUCCAAACUUUGUUGUGGAAGUAAUAAAAGAUGAUACAAAACAGACCCUUGUGCUUGACUGCCAUUUCCCUGAAGAUGAGAUUGGACACGAAGGAGAGGAAGAAAGUGAUAUUUUCACAAUUCGGGAGGUCAGCUUCCAGCCCACUGGAGAAGCUGACUGGAAGGACACCAACUACACCCUCAACACGGAUUCCCUUGACUGGGCUCUCUACGAUCACCUGAUGGAUUUCCUGGCUGACAGAGGAGUGGACAACACCUUUGCUGAUGAGUUAAUAGAGCUCAGCACUGCCCUGGAGCACCAGGAGUACAUCAAAUUCCUUGAAGACCUUAAAAGCUUUGUCAAAUGUCAGUAGGUCAGGCUAGGGAACUUAGCCUCCAGUGUGGGUAUCCCACAGUGCUGCUUCAUCCAGCAACCCAAAUAUAUCUUCACAGUGGAAACAGAGAGUAAGUACCUUGGGAGGUGGAGAAGGAGGAUUCUCACUUGGCUUGGGGGAUUUGCAGUGAUGGUGCAGCCCCAAUCGAGUUCUCCAGUGCUACAGGCCAGAAUUGCCUCGCCCUGCAUGGGGCUUUUUGUACAAUUAAGAGUGAAUGUGAAGAAUAAAAACUGUUCAACAUAUCACUGAAAAGGGUGGUUUCUCUUCUUCCUGCUGUACCAGAGCUGCCAUGAAAGCAAUGGCAGAGUUUCUCUGGGCCACAGCUGCUCACAGUUGUGGCACUGAUGGUUGAACACUUCUACUUAAACCGUUGCCUCCAAUUGCUGUUUGAAGGUUUUAAGUUUAUUUAAGCUAGUUUAUUUAUUUAAGAUUCAUUUAAACUCAAAGCUGAAGUCCAACAUGAGCUGUGAGAUCACUGAUGUAGUAUUAAAGACAACACCAAGGCCAAAAUAAACUAAAUAUUUAUUUCAAAA